AUGGAGAAGUCCAGGAAGAUCUUUGCUAGCGUCCUCCUGUUUCUCCUGUCUGUAGAAAUCUGCCUGGCUCAACACUGGUCUUACGGCCUGCAACCAGGAGGAAAACGGAAUGCCGAAAACCUGGCAGAAUCGAUUCAAGAGAUUGCAAAUGAAAUGGAAAAAUUAGGGGAAGUGCAGAAGACUGAAUGCCCAGGUUCCUUCCAGCAUUCCAGGUUCAGCAAUCUGAAGGAAGCCAUGGGAAGUCUGAUUGAAGAAGCAGCUUGA